AUGUCAUCCCCGUGCUCCCGCUGGUCCACAUGUCAUCCCCGUGCUCCCGUUGGUCCACAUGUCAUCCCCGUGCUCCCGUUGGUCCACAUGUCAUCCCCGUGCUCCCGCUGGUCCAACGCCAUUCCCAUGCUCCCGUUGGUCCACAUGUCAUCCCCGUGCUCCCGCUGGUCCACAUGUCAUCCCCGUGCUCCCGUUGGUCCACAUGUCAUCCCCGUGCUCCCGCUGGUCCACAUGUCAUCGCCGUGCUCCCGUUGGUCCACAUGCCAUCGCCGUGCUCCCGCUGGUCCAGCGCCAUCACCGUGUUCCCGCUGGUCUAACGCCAUCAGCGUGCUCCCGCUUGUCCAACGCCAUCGUCGUGCACCCGUUGGUCCACAUGUCAUCGCCGUGCUCCCGUUGGUUCUACGCAACGCCCUCCCCGUGCUUCCGUUUGUCCCGACCGCUCCCCGUGCUCCCGUCGGUCCAGUGCGACCCAUCCUCGUGCUCCCGCUGACCCAGCGCCCUCCCCAUGCUCCCACUGGCCAAACACCCUCCACGUGCUCCCGUUGGUCCCACGCCCUCUACGUGCUACCGUUGGUCCCACGCCCUCUGCGUGCUGCCGUUGGUCCCAAGCCCUCCACGUGCUCCCGUUGGUCCAAUGCCCUCUACGUGCUACCGUUGGUCCCACGCCCUCUGCGUGCUGCCGUUGGUCCCAAGCCCUCCACGUGCCCCCGUUGGUCCCACGCCCUCCAGGUGCCCCCGUUGGUCCCACGCCCUGUACGAACUCCAGUUGCCCUCUCCGUGCUGCCGUUGGUAAUACGCUCUCCCCGUGCUCCCGAUGGUACUACGCCCUCCCGUGCUGCCGUUGGUCCCACGCCCUCCCGUUCUCCCGUUGGUCCCGCACCCUUACGUGCUGGCGUUGGUCACACGCCCUCCGGUGCUGCCGUUGGUCCCACGCCACCCCGUGCUGCCGUUGGUCCCAGCCACUCUCGCGCUGCCGUUGGUCCCUCGCCCUCCCGUGCUUCUGUUGGUCCCACGCCAUCUCCGAGCUCCCGUUGGUCCCUCGCCCUCUCCGUGCUCCCGUUGUUCCCACGCCCUUUACGUGCUCCCGUUGGUCCCAAGCCCUCUCCGUGCUUCCGUUGGUCCCAUGCCCUCUCCCUGCUUCCGUUGGUCCCACGCCCUCCCCGUGCUCCCGUUGGUCCCACGCCCUCUACGUGCUCCCGUUGGUCCCACGCCCUCCCCGUGCUCCCUUUGGUUCCACGCCCUCUACGUGUUCUCGUUGGUCCCACGCCCUCUACGAGCUCCCGUUGGUUCCACGCCCUCCACGUGCUGUCGUUUGUACAACAACCAUCCUAUGAUCCAGUUGUUCCCACCCCCUCAGGCCCCGUAGUCACGUUGGUCCCACGCCCUCAGGCACCGUACUCACGUUGGUCCCACGCCCUCAGGCCCCGUACUCAGGUGGGUCCCACGCUCUCAGGCCCCGUACUCACGUUGGUCCCACGCCCUCAAGUCCCGUACUCACGUUGGUCCCACGCCCCCAGGCCACGUUCUCACGUUGGUCCCACGCCCUCAGGGCCCAUACUCACGUUGGUCUCACGCACUCAGGCACCGUACUCACGUAAGUCCCACGCCAUCAGCCCCCGUACUCACGUUGGUACCACGCCCUCAGGCCUGGUACCAUGCCCUCAGGCCCCUUACUCACGUUGGUACCACGCUCUUAGGCCCCGUUUUCACGUUGGUUCCAUUAACCACGCCCCCAGGCCCCGUACUCACGUUGGUACCACGCCCUCAAGCCCCGUUCUCAUGUUGGUCCCACGCCCUAAGGCCCCGUUCUCACGUUGGUCCCACGCACUCAGGCCCCGUACUCAUGUUGGUACCACGCCCUCAGGCCCCCGUACUCACGUUGGUACCACGCCCUCAGGCCCCGUGCAGGGCCGUUAUUCCCACACCCUCAGAGCCCGUGUUCCGUUUUUCCCAGCCCCUUCCCGUGCUCCCGUGAUUCCACGCCCUCCUCGUAUUCCCGUUGGUCCCACUUGGUCCCAAAUAUAA